AUGGAUUGUCUUCCUAUUCCCUUCGUCUGCUUCCAGUGCGGUACCGACCAGAACCCUUGCCACUGCAAAGUUGUUGGCCCUACCAUCGGAUUCGCCAGCGCCAUUGUUCUCGCAGUUGUCUGCUGGCCUGCCUCUCUAUUCUGUGGCUGCUGUGCAACUGAAACUGGCAAGAAGAUGCUUGCUACGCCUGCAGAUAUGAGUGGCCAAAUCAGCAAUGCUAUACCGUUCUAG